UAUUCUCACAUCUGACCUUAUCAAAAAAGAGCAUCCAGAAGACGUCGCUCGAUACAUUUCAGUUAGCUCUGAAUUCAAAGAUUUGAUCAGUAAGACAAGUCUUAACAGAAACGUGCUGAUCGCUACACAUGAAGAAGGAAUUCUCGAUUCGUUUGGAAGAUGGAAUAUGGCAUUCGAUGAAAUUGAAAGUAAUAUCAAAUCAGGCGAAGAAGGAGAUGAUCUUAUUGAAAGCGAAGAAGACGAUGCUGAAGAAGAAGAUUUGGAAGACAAUGAUGAAUAA